AUGCAAAUUCUAUAGUAAUUUUGUGUUUUGACAUUUAGUAAAAAGUAACUGAUUUGACUAGUUGGAAACUACCCUAUUAAACGUGCAAUUUUCUCUUAUUACCUUUCAACCCGCGAAGGAAAAUCCAGCCCGGUCACAUACCUCUGAAAAGCAAUUUUUAUCCGACGCGACGAUACAGUUAAAAAAAUGGUUACACAGUGCACUGUGUAACAGCAAAGCAAAAGGCAGGGCAAGAACGGAAAAUCGAUACCAAUUUUCAGUGACAUAUGAAAACAAAAAUACACUGAAAAAGCUCGUCGUUCGGUCACAUUAUAUUGAAUGAAAAAUAAAAAAAACAUUUAUUACUCGGAAAGAUAAUUAAGGAGCAUACACGAGCAGCGACCUCCACCGAAAAUAAGGUAUUUUGUUUGGACCUGUUGGCAUCCCCAACAUUUUAGUUUUAAUUAUUAUUUUAGUAUGGCAAUACUGUAAAACUCUCUCCUUUUUUUCUAAUGGUGAACAUUACACGCGAUUCUCUAAACUUCGGGCUUUUGUCUUAUUUACCAGCACCCUAUCGAAAGUUAAACAUGGUCCUUCGCAUCACAAGGGCCCGCGAGUGAAUUUGUGCCGAGCAGACAUUUGUUGUUCAGAAAGAACUGUGAUUUCGUGAGGUUUGAACUUUCUCGCCCGCGAACUACUUCGUCGUCAGCAAUAUCGCCGGACACAACAACAGGUUUCGUCGUGAUCUACACUUCGCCAUCAUACACAUAGAAGAAGCAUUCGAGAGGAGAUUGCCCAAAAUCAAGUAUCGUAUUUAUUUAGGCAUCCCACAUCAAAAGUGCUAGUCAUUCCAUACCUAGCAUACGUGUUUCCGGUUUCGAUGGUGCGUUUCGGCGUGACGUCAUUACAAGGCAAGAUUCAGCUACUCGCCACUAGCCACAGCGGCGCUGAUUGCUGCUACGUCACAGCUACGUCACACCAACGCGUCGCUUUCGCGCCUUCCCAUUGGCGCGCUCCACGACACGACAACAGGGCGGUAACCAACGAGGUCUCGCUACUCACCACUGUGGCGCUGAUGUACUACGUCUGUCACUUGCAGUCGCUCCUAUUGGCCGAUUUGAAAAUCGGCGGGCAACUGUGUCUGUGAUACAGAUCGAUUUAUUGGUUCGUUUGAAGACUCGCGCGUAUAAUACUGUUACUCGCGAUCGUCACCAGGGGACUCUGCAGAGCUUCGAAUACUUCCGGAAACGCCCACUUUUUUCGUCGACGACGCCAUAUUUUUUUUCUCGACAACACGUAUAGCGUAACUAGCCUGUUACAAAUAUUUUAUUUUGUAAUUGUAGCGUAUUUAGCAAGUGUACUUAGUUUCUAAGUCAUCAUAAAGUGUUUGUUUUACCAUUAUGUCUGAUUCGGAUUGUGAUAACAGCCCUAAGGCUCUAGAAGGUCUUUUACGCAAACGUGCCUCUCAGAAGGGCGUUUUGACGAAACAUUUUAAUUAUUUUCGUGACACUGAUGGUGCGGAACUCGAUCGCCAGUGCCUUUCCAUAAAGGAGGAGAGGUUGAGGGCUACGUUUGACAGAUUUGAAAAACUUAACUUGGAGAUAUGUGCGCUUAAUCCAGACGCGGACGACUGUGACGCUGUUGAAACAAAAUACUUGGAAACGCUAACUCUAAUAAAACGCUUAAUGCAAAAGUUAGAUGAUAACCAGGUGGUUAGCCCUCCCCCACUGCAGACCAUGGCAACGAAGCUGCCUGAAAUAAAUGUUCCGAUCUUUGUAGGUAAGUACUCCGAGUACAAACCCUUCAUAGAAUUAUUUAACGCAUUAGUAGAUCGAAAUUCCAGCCUACAAAACGUACAAAAACUAUUUUAUUUACGCAGUUUUUUGAAGGAUGAGCCUUUUGAUCUUAUCAAAAAUUUACCUUUACAAUCUGAAAGUUAUACAGAGGCCAAAACGUUGCUAAAGGAUCGUUACGACAAUGAGUACAAAAUAACAAACGAACACAUAAACAUAUUGCUAGAUUUGAAUCCAAUUACUAAAUCAACAGCAGGUAACAUUAGGGUGUUUGUCUCGUGUGUCAAGCAACAACUUGCUUCACUAAAAAACUUGAAGCACGACAUAAAGUCCUGGGAUUCUAUACUCCUAUGCAUUCUCACUAGGAAACUAGAUGCUUAUUGUAAUAGGGAAUUUCAGCUCAUUAAGGAUAAUAAACCCUCAGUAAGCACAUUGAUUGAUUUUCUAGAACGUCGAGCCCUUGCACUUGAAAAUGCUGAGAGAACUCAGGUGCAAUUCCCCGUUUCAAAGGCUGCUCACACAGUGACAGUGAAGGAUGUUGCAGGAGCCACUGUUAAGUCAGCACCGCCGCCACUUGCCUGCACACUAUGUGCUGUUGCCGUCUGAGCAUUCCACAACUGUAAGCAGCCUGUCAGAGAAUGGAGCCAGCCAGCAACUGCCGGUUCUACACACACAAUUUGGAUAUGUGAUUGCAGGGUCCAUACCAACUAAUCAGCAUUCAAGCCAAGUAACAUCAUUAUUUUGCAAUACAUGUGACACGUCACUUAGUGACACGCUCUCCUCGUUUUGGGAGUCUGAAAGGGUUCCUGAAUUUUUUCCAGAAAAACUCCCGGAGUAUGAGACCUGUGAGCAAAUGUUUUGUAAUUCUGUGAAUCUAGAUACACAAAAUAACAAGUUUGAAGUUGCAUUACCUCUUAAAUUACCACUAGAGUCAAUAAAUGAAACACUUGGCCAAACUUUCAACUUAGCUCUCAAAAGGUAUCUAAAUUUAGAAGCUAGAUUUCAAAGGGAUCCAGAGCUACAUAAGCUGUACUCUGAAUUUAUUCACGAGUAUGUACAACAAGGCCAUGGUACAUUCGUAGAUAUCAGUCAAUAUAAUCUUGAUUCUGAUCCAGUUUAUUUUCUAUCACAUCACGCAAUUCUUAGACCAGACAAAAAAACAACUAAGUGUCGUGUAGUUUUUGAUGCUUCAAUGAAAAGCAACAAAAAAGUAUCACUUAAUGAUUUAUUGUUAAAUGGCCCUGUGGUGCAGAAAGAUUUGAUAGACAUUUUAUUGUUGUUUAGAACUGGGGAAUUUAUUUUUGUAACUGAUAUUAAAGCAAUGUUUAGAAAUAUAUCACUCGCCCAAAAAUAUAGAUCAUUGCAAAACAUCCUUUGGAGGGAUACCCCCAAGGAAAAUAUUCAAUGUAUACAGCUAAAUACAGUCACUUAUGGACUCAAGUCUUCCUCUUACUUAGCUACACGGUGCUUGAAGGAGUUGGCUGUCCGAUAUAGGGAACAGUUUCCACUGGCUGCUCACAUUAUUGAACACUCUACAUAUGUAGAUGAUGCCUUAGUGUCACAUGAUUCAUCGGAACUGUUAAUUGAAUCAAAAAGGCAGCUAUGCACUUUACUAGGAAUUGGAGGCUUUCAUUUGCACAAAUGGUACUCAAAUUGCACUUCAUUGUUAGAUGACAUACCAAAAUCGCAGCAACAUUUUGAUGAUAUAGAGUUAGGGAAAGAUAAUGAUGCUUCUCUAAAAACUUUGGGUAUAAGUUAUAACAUUAACACCGACUCUUUCAUGCUUUCGUCACCCAGCACUAACGAAAACAUGCCUACAACCAAGCGUGACAUUUUAAGCUUUAUCGGGAAGUUUUAUGACCCCUUGGGUUAUGCAGGGCCGAUCCUGGUAACCUCGAAAGCAAUCAUGCAACAGCUUUGGCUAGCAAAAGUAGGUUGGGAUGAAAGGCCGCCUGACGAGUUGCUAAAGGUAUGGUGUGAAUUUUUUGACAGCUUACAAGUCAUGUCACCUAUAACCAUCGCACGGCAUGUCGGUGUAUGCAACGCACGCUCUGUUCAGAUAAUAGGUUUUGCAGACGCCUCGAGCACCACAGCCUACGGGUGCUGUAUAUACCUACGUGUCACCGACAAAACAGGUAAAGUAAAAAUAUCAUUGUUAUGUUCAAGGUCGCGUGUGAACCCGAUAAGGCAAAGUCUAACUGUACCCAGACUUGAGCUCAAUGCUGCAGUAAUGCUUGCAAAACUGGUCGUCAGAGUGUAUGACACGUUGCAUCAUAAAUUAAACAUAGGUGAUGUUCACUUGUACUCGGAUUCACAAAUAGUCCUAGCAUGGAUUAAAACCAAUAUAACAUCGCUUAAUACAUAUGUGGGAAAUCGAGUGAAGGUCAUCACACAGCUUACUCACCAGUACCGCUGGUCUUACAUCCGCUCAGAGGAUAACCCCGCUGACUGUUUAAGCAGAGGAGUCCUACCCAGCGAGCUGCACAAUCAUCCUCUGUGGUGGGAAGGCCCAGAGUUUUUGCAUAAAGGUGAGUAUACAUUAAUGGAUAUGCCUCAAUUACCGGUUCCCGGCGAACUACCUGAAAUUAAGGCUUGUGCAGUAUUUUCGGGCUCUUUGGUUUGUAUGGUCUCUAGUACAAAUGAACAACUUUUACAGCUAGAUUUUCUAGACAAGUACUCUGAUAUAAACAAAAUGCAACGCAUUUUGGCUUACAUACUACGUUUUAUUCAAAAUGUGAGGUCAAAUAGCGCAAAAAAUAAUUUAAAUUAUAUAUCCAGUAAAGAAUUAAAUGACUCAUUGUUGUUGAUAAUUAAAUAUGAACAGCAAAAAUACUUGAAAGAAGACAUUCAUAAUUUAAAGUGUAAGCAAAGUAUUUUAAAGGGUAAUUUAAAACCACUGUGUCCAUUCCUUGAUAACAAAGGUCUAGUUAGGGUAGGAGGUCGUUUGGAAAACUCAUCGAUGCCCUAUUCACAAAAACAUCCUGUUGUUUUGCCACGUGAUUCCCGCGUGACACAUUUAAUUAUCCACGCCGAGCAUAUUAAAAAUCUACAUGCUGGCCCUAGGGUUGUUUUGUCAACUAUUAAUCAAAGGUUUUGGAUAGUUCAUGGAAUGAGAGAAAUUAAAAAGGUCUUACACAAAUGUAUAACUUGUUUCAAACUGAAAGCUAAUUCAGCGAAACAAUUAAUGGGCACGCUUCCACAUGAUAGAGUCAACGCUUGUAGGCCAUUCCAAAAGGUAGGUCUAGAUUUUGCAGGUCCAAUAAUUAUUAAACAAUCUAGGAUCAGAAGGUCGUUAGAAACAAAAGCGUAUGUUUGUGUGUUCGUUUGUUUCGUAACUAAGGCUAUUCAUUUAGAGCUAGCUUCUGAUUUAAAAACUGAAACCUUUUUGGCUUGUCUAAAACGAUUUAUUUCGCGUAGAGGUGUUCCUACUGACAUCUAUAGCGACAAUGCGUCAACUUUUAGGAGCGCAAGUAGUCAAUUAAAUAAUUUAUAUAAAUUGCAAAGCUCAAAUGAACAUCAAGCGAAACUUCAUGCUUUUUCAUCUCAAAGAGGUAUAACUUUCCAUUUUGUCCCUUGUUAUUCUCCAACAUUCGCAGGGUUAGCUGAAGCAGGUGUCAAAAGUAUGAAGUUCCACUUGAAAAGGGUUGUACAAACGGCAAUACUUACCUAUGAAGAAUUAAACACAGUUCUUUGUCAAAUAGAAUCUAUUUUAAAUAGCAGACCUCUAAUGCCACUUUCAAGUGAUAUAAAUGAUUAUUCUUGUCUCACACCUGGACACUUCCUUAUAGGUACAGCGUUAAACGCAUACCCUGAAUCUGGUGAGCCUGUUGUCAUUGUUAAUAGAUUGAAGUUCUGGAAGCAGUGUAGUAAUAUCACUAACUCUUUUUGGAAAGUGUGGAGCAAACAAUAUCUUAACAUUUUGCAGACGCGUUCCAAAUGGAGAGAUAUCCAACCUAACGUUCAAGUAGGUACACUUGUGUUGCUUAAGGAGGACAGCACCGCCCCUAUGCAGUGGCCACUUGCUAGAGUCAUUCAAACGUUUCCCGGUAAUGACAACAGAGUUAGAGUAGUAGAGGUAAAAACUGCUAAUGGUAGAACUCAUAAACGGUCAGUUGUAAAAAUAUGCCCACUUCCAAUAGAAUAACCAAGUAAUUGUAUUAGUUAUAAGAUGGCAUAAUAUAGUUAUAAGCUGUUUAUAUGUGUGUAUUAAAAUAUAAUGUACUUAGUAUUAAGUUACUAUUUGCUACAUAGUAAAUUUAAAGAGUAAAAUUACCUUAAGCUUACCUUUGUGUGUGGUUUUUAUUCUAUGAUAAGAAAAUAUUAUUUUAAAUUAAGGCUAAAUGUUCCUAUUGUUGAUUAUUCUUGUGUUAUAGGCUAACAUGCAGCUUUUUGUUUUUCCCUUUAGGUGGGAUAUUGCUGUUCUCAGCAGCAAAUAAGUAAUCACAAUAAUAUUGUGUCAUCUCAUUGCUUAUCUGUAAGCUAACAUUGCAUUGUAUAGAUAGACACUAGGUUUGUAAAAUUAAAACUCAUAACGUUAUCAUUUCUCUUCAUGAUUUAUUGCUAUUAUACAUAGGUAUAAAAUAAACACAGGUUUGGUAAAAUAAUACUAUUUCAAAAGUUGUUUUAUAUUCAUUUAAAUUCAUCUUUUGGUUUAAUGUUGUAUUAAAAUUUUGCUUUCCUUGACUAAAUGUACCUAGUAUUUUUCAAAAAUAGAUUUACAUUCAAAAGUUCAGAUUACCUAUAGUAUUGUGUUCAAAUAUUUUCCUUUUUUUUGACAUUAAAUUCUUAGGUUUUCAUUGCUGCGGCUCAAAGACCUUGUAUAGAAUAGACGGAUAAUAUUUUAGAGUGACGAUCAAACUAUCACAGCUCUCUUUCUUCCCUAUGGCAACAAUCUCUGUGGAAAAAAGAAACAAACAUAGACAAACACCGCUGUCUAGAACGUCAGUGUUUACCGUUUUGAGAUGUUGUGGUAGUCAGCUGGAUACCAAACCUGCCGUUAGUUUUUUGGUGUUUUGGGACAUUAUUUUAACUUUUUAUAUAAACAAUCUGUGAAAUAGUUAUUCAUUAUGAACCAUGGCUUGCGUAGCUAUUGGUUGUGAGAGUAGAAUGGGUGUUAUAAUGGAGAACGAUCAAACAAUGUCUCACCAUGGGUAAGUUAUCGACCACAUAAUACAUGUUUGUGUGCAAGAAAUACAUUACCUGGUCUGGUUUUUGUAAAGUUUAUUGAGCCCUAAACACGAUGCAGACGCAUAUUUUCAGCAAAGCCGUCACAUUUGUACAAAUAAUUGAUUUCACAUUUUACGUUAAUCAGCUUUGACAGAUUAUGUACCCAAAGUAUUAUAAGUAGUGUUGUCCUUUGAUAUCGAUAACAUAAUAUUGUUUGAAUGUAACAUCUACAUGUUGCGUUAUUCUAUUCACGUUUAAUUUAUUUUUCGACCUGUUUCCGAUUUGGAUGAAGAUUACAUAAAGAUAUUGUAUUUUCCAGAUUUCCUAAAUAUCCUAAUUUACGAAACAAGAAAUUAAGAAACAAUUAGAUUCAGACCAUGAAACGAGAUAAUUCUCUCUUCUGAAGGACGCCUUCUCCUUAUUUAAGCCUGUGCUAAUUACAUUUUGAUGUAUCUUGCUUUCUAUCGAGCAGGAUACCAAACAAAAAUAUUACAUAGAGAUGCAGUACCAACAAUAUUCACUCACAUAUCUCACAUAAGGUAAAGUUAUAACGACCAGAGCCGACACUAUACACUUCUAAAGAAAGUGAACAAGAGGAAAUAUAUUUUUUUUUUAUCACCAAAAGUCGGAAUUGUUCAGUGCUUCGUAGUCAUUGUAUUCUAACUAUAUUGAAUAAAAAUCUUAUAAAGAAGUAUUUGCUUUUAUUCUUUAAUCGCAUUGA